AUGGCAUAUGGGACCGAGACUCGAGGGCAGUGCAACUCUGAUGGGAAUUCCGAGCACAUAAUUAGCGAUAAUGGGUCAUUCAGCAGCAAGUCUGGUGAUGAGGAAGUGACAAGCAAGAGUCAGCGCGGGCCUGCGAAACGGGAAUUAUACACAAGCCUCGAAAGAGAUGCUCACAACCCGAGCCUAAACUCUGAGCAACUGCAGAAAGCUCCCACCUUGAUUUCCCAGCGGGCUAUCGAAUGCCUCAAAAGUCUCACUCGCCUCUUUGCAGAUGAGUCUCUGCAGGGAAGGCACGACGUGGCUCCGGCCCUUUGGCAAGAUGAGCUGGGACGCUUGCGAGUAUGGGCUGCGAAUAUUGGUGCCCAUCAAACUGGAACUUCCUCUCUCGAUUACCGCUUACGAGAUGCAUCACAUAUCAAAGACCAAACUCUACUGCUUCUUGGGCGGCUUCAAAGGCUUGCACAGGAUAUUGAAGACGACAUACAUGGCUCGGAAUAUGAAGCCUCUGGAUCUGAAGACGACUUUUUAGACGAGGGAAAGGAAAACGAAGACGGAAACGGAAACACCGAACUCCAAUCAAUAUACCAUGCAUUGGUUGAUACCAUCAACAAUCUUUUCCAGAUGUCAAUAUUAAUCCGACGACCUGCCCAACAGGACCGCCUACUUGGUACUAAGCGAUCAGACGCUGCUCCAUUUGAGCCAUUCGAUCGGCAGCACGUAGAGAACAAAUACCCAAAUGCAGACCGAGCUAUUAUAAAUCGCCUUGGCUCGGCGAUCUCUCGCCGACGGGCAGUGUUGCGAUAUCGCGAGCGGCAUCAUCUUAAAUUAAUCCAAGGUUUCGGUCAGGCUGUCGGGGGUCUGCAAGAUACGGUGUCAACAAAAUUUUCAGACACAGUUGCCACGGAGUUUGUAGAGAUGCCAGAGUCCUAUAUUGACUUUGAGUCUCAUACUGUUGUUUCUCAAACCUCAUACGCUCCAACAAUACUUCAUGGGGAGGAGGCAUGA